AUGUACCGCCCUGCCGGCAUCCAUAUCCUGUACGGCUCUGCUGGCAUCCAUAUCAUGUCCCGCCCUGCCGGCAUCCAUAUCAUGUACCGUCCUGCCGGCAUCCAUAUCCUGUACGGCUCUGCUGGCAACCAUAUCAUGUACCGCCCUGCCGGCAUCCAUAUCAUGCACCGCCCUGCCGGCAUCCAUAUCCUGUACGGCUCUGCCGGCAUCCAUAUCAUGUACCGCUGUGCCGGCAUCUAUAUCCUAUACCGCCCUACUGGCAUCCAUAUCCUCCUUGCCGGCAUCCAUAUCCUGUACCGCCCUGCUGGCAUCCAUAUCCUCCUUGCCGGCAUCCAUAUCCUGUACCGCCUUGCAGGCAUUCAUAUCCUAUACCGCCCUGCCGGCAUCCAUAGCCUAUACAGCACUGCCGGCAUCCAUAUCAUGUACCGCACUGCCGGCAUCCAUAUCCUGUACAGCACUGCCGGCAUCUAUAAUCUAUACCGCCCUGUCAGCAUCCAUAUCCUGUAA